AUGAGUCUGGAUGAGGAUGCACGGUGGCUGGAGUGGGUCACCAAGCAGUUUGAGACCAUCGCGGGAGAUGACAAAGAAAUUGACCUGGAGGAGUUCAAAACGGCCCUCAAGGUCAAGGAGUCUUUCUUUGCGGAACGGUUCUUUGCGCUGUUUGACUCUGACGGUAGCAAAACCAUCAGUCUGGAUGAGCUGCUGAAGGCUCUGGACCUGCUGAUCCAUGGCAGCGAGACGGACAAGCUCCGCUUCCUCUUCCAGGUCUAUGACGUCGAUGGCAGUGGCUCGAUUGACCCAGACGAGCUGCGCACGGUGCUCAAGUCGUGCCUGCGCGAGAGCGCCAUCUCCCUGCCAGAGGAGAAGCUAGACGACCUGACCCUGGCUCUGUUCGAGUCGGCUGACAAGGACAACAGCGGCUCCAUCACCUUCGAGGAGCUCAAGGCCGAGCUGGAGAACUUCCCUGAGGUUAUGGAGAACCUCACCAUCAGCGCUGCCAACUGGCUGAAGCCUCCCGGCCUGGAGCAGAAGAAGGGGCGGCAUACCCCGCGCUACCUGACGCCGGCGUACUGGCACAACAACAGCCGAAAGCUCCUCUUUCUGUGCGCCUACACUUGCCUCAACCUGCUGCUGUUCAUCACCGCCAUGCUGAAGAACGCAGAGGGGGGAUUCUGGUACAUGGUGGCCAAGGGCUGCGGCCAGUGCCUCAACUUUAACUGUACCUUUGUCAUGGUGCUAAUGCUGCGGCGCUGUUUGACCUGGCUGCGGGCCACUUGGGUGGUGAGGGUGCUGCCUCUGGACCAGAACAUCCUACUGCAUCAGAUGGUGGGCUACGCCAUUGUCACCUUCUCCACCAUGCACACCACUGCCCACUUCAUGAACUUUGUACACCUAUCUCAGAACAGCAGCUACAGCCUAUGGGAGCACCUUUUCACUACUCGGCCAGGGAUUGGCUGGGUGCAGGGCUCUGCAUCCCUCACCGGCAUGGUGCUACAGAUCAUGAUCUGUCUAAUGGUGGUCUGUUCCAGCACCUUUGUCCGCCGCAGCGGCCAUUUUGAGGUGUUCUACUGGUCCCACCUGUCCUAUGUGUGGGUGUGGGCUCUGCUGGUGGUGCACUGUGCCAACUUCUGGAAGUGGUUUGUGGUGCCUGGUGUGAUCUUCCUGCUGGAGAAACUAGUGGGCGUCGCUGUUUCUCACAUGGGAGGCCUCUACAUCGUGGAGGUCAAUAUGCUGCCAUCUAAGGUGACCCAUCUGGUAAUCAAGCGGCCCCAGUUUUUCCACUUCAAACCAGGGGAUUAUGUUUACAUCAACAUUCCAGACAUCGCUAAGUAUGAGUGGCACCCUUUCACCAUCAGCAGUGCCCCAGAGCAGCCAGAUACUCUGUGGUUGCAUAUCCGCUCCAUGGGCCAGUGGACCAAUCGUCUGUAUGAGUUCUUCAGGCAGCCAGACAGCCAGGUGGUCAGCACCAAGAGACUGAGCGCCAGCCUGAAGGACAGACGGCACCAGAGGAGGACCCAGAUCACAGCCAAGCUUAGUGAAAACCACAGAUUCUGCAACGUCAAAUGCUUCGUGGAUGGGCCAUAUGGGACUCCGACGAGACAGAUCUUUGCCUCUGAACACGCUGUGUUAAUCGGUGCUGGUAUUGGGAUCACGCCUUUCGCCUCCAUCUUACAGAGCAUCAUGUACCACUAUCGCAUGAGGAAACAGAACUGCCCCAACUGCAGCUACUCGUGGUGUGAGAACAUCAAGGACAGUGAGAUGAAACUGAGGAAGGUUGACUUUAUCUGGAUCAACAGAGACCAGAAAUCAUUUGAGUGGUUCGUGAGCCUCCUGACCAAACUGGAGAUGGAUCAGGCUGACGAAGAGCCAGAGGGCCGCUUCUUGGAGAUGCACAUGUACAUGACCUCUGCCCUCAGCAAGAAUGACAUGAAGGCCAUCGGCCUGCAGAUGGCGCUAGACCUCCUGGCCAAGAAGGAAAAGAGGGAUUCCAUCACUGGCCUUCGCACCCGCACACAGCCAGGGAGGCCAGAGUGGGGGAAGGUGUUCCAGAAAGUGGCAGAGGAGAAGAAAGGGAAGGUUCAUGUGUUUUACUGUGGAGCCCCUGCACUGGCUAAACUCAUCAAGGCCCAGUGUGAGCACUUUGGAUUCAACUUCUACAAGGAGAACUUUUGA